AGAGGGAGAAGGAGGAAGAAGAAGGAGAAAAAAGGAGGGAAGAGGAGGAGGAGGGAGAGAUACAGACAGGCAGCUAUUCAGACACAAUAGUAGCUCCCAGUGACUGAGCCCAAUAACUGAGCACCUACUGUAUCCAAGCUAUACGUUAAGUGCUUAACAGGGAUUUCCCCCGAAUCUCACAAGCCCUGGAUCAAGUGUAGUCCUAUUUUUAUUCUUAUUUUCCAAAUGAGGAAAUUGAGGUUCAGGGAGGGGAAGUGAUUUGUUCAAUGCCGCACAGCCAGGACGUAAUCACCAUGUGGGAGAUGUACUUUAUACCAGAAAGAGGGAGGACCAGGAGAGACUCGGAGAAAGGAGACUAGUCCUACUUUGUGUCUGACUACGACCCCACCAUCGAAGACUCCUAUACGAAGAUCUGCACGGUGGAUGGUGUUCCAGCCCGGCUGGACAUCCUGGACACAGCAGGCCAGGAGGAGUUCGGUGCCAUGCGGGAGCAGUACAUGCGCGCCGGCCACGGUUUCCUGCUGGUGUUUGCCAUUAACGACCGGCAGAGUUUCAACGAGGUGGGCAAGCUUUUCACGCAGAUCCUCCGAGUCAAGGACCGAGACGAUUUCCCCAUCGUGUUGGUUGGGAACAAGGCAGAUCUGGAGACACAGCGCCAGGUGCCCCGAUCUGAAGCCUCUGCCUUUGGUGCCUCCCACCACGUGGCCUACUUCGAGGCCUCAGCCAAGUUGCGCCUCAACGUGGACGAGGCCUUCGAGCAGCUGGUGCGGGCCGUCCGGAAGUAUCAGGAACAAGAGCUCCCACCCAGCCCACCCAGUGCCCCCAGGAAGAAAGACGGAGGCUGUCCCUGCGUCCUCCUGUAGCCCUGGGGGGUGCGAGAGGAGCAGCCAGCAUGAGCUCUCGGGACCAGCAGCCCUCACCGAGCCUGUUUCCCCAUCUGGGUUUCCCAGGAUACACUACACCCCCAUCCGGAAUCCCUGGCCUCCUCCAGGACAUCGCCACUGUGUGCCUUCUGCCAACGCCUCCCUUCCCCACCCAAGCCCCUUGUUGGGGUGAGGGGCUCCCGGGCGUCCGGGUCACUGCUGUAUAUAAUCCCCUCUCCACCCCCAGGGAAAUAAACAUCACUGCCAAUA